AUGCCAGCUCUGAGGCCUCUCAUCAAACCUAAUAUUGUCAAAAAGAGGAGCAAGAAGUUCAUCUGUUAUCAAUCUGAUCACUAUGUCAAAAUCAAGCGUAACUGGCACAAGCCAAAAGAUAUUGACAACAGAAUUCACAGAACAUUUAAGAGUCAGAUCUUGAUGCCCAACAUUGGCUAUGGGAGCAAUAAGGGGGGGAAAAAACACGUGCUGACCUCAGGAUUCCAGAAGCUUCUUGUUCAUAAUGUCAAAGAGCUUGAGGUGCUAAUGAUGAGCAACAAGUCAUUUUGCGCAGAAAUUGCUCAUAAUGUUUCAUCCAAGAACUGGAAGAUAAUUGUGGAGAGAGCAGUUCAGCUUGCUAUCGAAAGUUACCAAUCCAAAUGCCAGUCUGCACAGAAAUGA